AUGUACAGAGUUGGAGAAAUUCUAGAGUCUACAAAUAUUACCCAAUGGAAUUGGGUGCCCUCGAGAUUGAAUCCAGCCGAUUUUGCGACAAAAAAUGGGUCCUGUAAUGACGAUAUGUGGUUCAGUGGUCCAAAAUUCCUUGAAGAAGAUGACAGUUUUUGGCCGAAAAAUCCCGUAUUGACGCAAACCAAGGAAGAUGUACGUAAUUGUCUACUACAUAUUUCGAAAUCACAUACGUUCACCAUAAAUGUUGAGUAUUUUUCAUGCUGGAGACGACUUUACAAAGCACUGUCGCUAUUUCUACAUUAUAUGGAGAAGUUAAAGUCCGUGGUCCGUAGCAGCAAAUUACCAGAAAAUAUUACAUUCGAAUGUGUCCAGCAAGCCAAACAUAUUUUGUACAAAUUUGCCCAAAAAUGUGGUUUUCCUGACGAAAUAUGGUGCCUCAAGAAUAAGAAGCAAAUAGAAAAAACCAGCAAAUUGAACCCAAUGAAUAUAUACUUAGACGAAAACGAAGUUUUACGUGUCUCAGGAAGAGCUGAGAUGUUAAAUUGCAACAAUGCAAUAAUUCUACCCAAUGGUCAUUACGUAACGUUUUUGGUGGUUCGAUUUUACCAUCAAACAUUUCAUCAUUGUAUGCAUGAAGCAGUGAUGUCAAAUAUUAAGUCCGAGUUUUACAUUCCCAGAUUGAGAGCACUUUACAAGAAUGUACGAAGCAAGUGUCAAGAGUGCAAAAAUUUAGCAGCGGCACCAUGUCCACCUCAAAUGGCAGCGUUACCGUCAGCCCGAGUGUCCAGUUUUGAACGUCCAUUUACUUACGUCGGAAUCGAUUUCUUUGGCCCAUUAUAUGUCACAGUCGGCAGGCACAAAGAAAAGAGAUGGGGUGUUCUGUUUACAUGUUUAACGGUUCGCGCUAUUCACAUCGAAGUGGCUCAUAGUCUUGACACCAGCUCCUGUAUAAUGUGCAUUCAAAAUUUCAUUAGUCGACGUGGCUCUCCCAAAGAAAUAUUUACCGAUAACGGCACUAAUUUUAAAUCUGUUGAGAGAAUGCUCCAAGAAGAAAGACGAAAUUUGGAGUUCAAGAAGCUAUGUUCCAAAUAUGAUGUUAUCAAAUGGCGGUUCAACCCUCCAGCUGCCCCGCAUAUGGGCGGAGCAUGGGAACGUUUGAUACGUUCAGUUAAAUCAGUUCUGUACUCAAUGUGUCCAACCUUCAAAUUUAACGACGAAACCCUACGAUGUGCGCUCUAUGAAGUCGAAUUUAUCAUCAAUUCUCGCCCGUUAACAUUUGUGGCUCUAAAUACAGUGGAAGACGACGCACUUACACCAAACCAUUUAUUAUUAGGCUCAGCAGCAGGGGAUAAACCUCUAUGCGAAUAUGACUACGAUCUGCGACAACGAUGGCAUCAAACCCAGCAAUUUGCAAAUAACUUCUGGAGAAGAUGGGUACGCGAAUAUGGUCCAAUGUUGGUACGAAGAAGCAAGUGGUUCGAAAAGGUUCCACCACCCAGCGUUGGAGAUGUCGUAAUUAUAGUCGAUGAUACACUACCUCGCAACAAGUGGCCCAAAGGCAUUGUAACCGAGAUAUUUGCAGCGAAAGACGGUCAAGUUCGCAGCGUAAAAGUCAGAACCAGUUCCAGCGAAUACGAGAGACCAGUAGCCAAAAUAGCAGUAUUAGACGUCGGUAUAAAGAAGGAUGACAGUAAGCUCAAGAGGUCCUAG